AUGCCGAAGGAAGCGCCUUGCUUGAGCGAGCACAAUCCUUCUGCCUCAUCCAGCAAGAAUGCUAAAAAUAAGAGCAACAGUUUGACUCUGAUGGCAAUGCGUGAAACUAAAGACGUAGACGACUCCAGUGGAACGGGCUCCCGCUGCAGCUCUGAGAAAGACUCUGGCUACUCUGAUGGCUCAGACUGGCAGCAGACAGAUGUGGAGGACCAGCGUAGCGAGCAGGCCAACACUUCACAAACAGGUCAAACCAAAGACCUCCAGCAAGGGAAUCCUGGGAAUCCUAUGCUGAAAACAGCAGGCCGCGAGCUCCAACCCAUCUACAUCAUCAAUAACAUGGUGCUGAAAAAGCCGGACAUGAUAGAAAAAAAAGUCCAGCUGUCCCGGAGAAAUGGAAGCCGGGGAACAGGAAGUUCUGGUUCCGCCCAUAUGAUCCAUUCCCAGCAUCCUAGAUUAUUGCCGGCCUCCCGCGAGCUCCACAAGCCUUUGUCCCGGAAGUCCCACAUCAUAGGGAAGAAAAUAAAUGACACUUACCUCCCCAUUCUCAACUCCUACCCUCGCAUUGCCCCACACCCCAGCAAGACACCGCCUGAUAAAUCUGUAUCUAAUGAUGAAUCACAGAAUCUGAGUAAGAGGGUGUGCACAAAUCACAUGAAUGAGGAAAAAACGUUGAUCAGGAGUCUUCCUGAGCAGCAUUUUCAUGAGCAACCCAAAGAGGCAGUCCUAACCCAUGGGCUGCCAUGUCCCUCUUCAACCAGUGCAUCCUCUUCCAGUCCAACUACUGUCUCCUCAAGCCAAGGCACCCCAUCUGGGUCCACUUUGCACCAUACGUCGUCCAACCUCACAUCCAGAGGACCUCACCAAAACGGCACCAUCAGUACCCGCCACCUCAGGUUCCUCAACACGGUACAAAUCCUCCGACAGUCAGGUCUGCUGGACAUUACGCUGCGCACCAAGGAGCUGCUUCGCCAGAGCAAUGCCACGGAGCAGGACAUUGCCCAGCUCCGCCAGCACACAGAGUUACUGUGCCGGGCGGCCAGCGACCCCCCACACAGCCUGAGCAGCACAUGGGAACAUCUGCAUCGAGACAUGGCCAAGUCCGGGAGCUACCCUAACCUUAAAACCCUUCAAAAUGUACAAAUCCCGUAUCAUAUAGAUUCCAGUCAACCAGUGAGUUUCUCCACAGGUGGCUCCUACGCUGCUGAGGGCUCAUCUCGCCUUCACUCUGUGCCAGACCCAAACUCAGAAAAAGGCAGGGAGAUCGAGGGUGAUAGAAAUGGUCUAUCAGAAAAUGUCACCUUUACACCUCCUGAUAGUUCUACCGGUUAGAAAUCUGCCAUGCCUUUAAAAGAAGAGGGAGUACUCAGGGCUAUUUUUGGAUAUUAUGUGUAAUUUGAAUGGUUAAUCCCCGGUUAUUUAAACAUAGUUUUAAAGGGAUUGCACAAGAUAUCUCUGCACUCUGCAGGUCAAUGGGAAUCCAACAAUGAUUUAAGGUUCGUACUACAUGUCGAAGAACAGGUUUUGUUACCGAACGUGCUUCAACAGAAAUAAGUGUUUGACAUCUUAUCCCUUUUUAUUUCACUCAAGUGCAACCCGAGGUACCACUUUAUAUAAUCACUGACUUUAUACACCCACACUGAUGUUUGGAUGAUCUCUGCUUGUGAGACACUUAAAGAAAAAUAAAAUGUAUUUCCCCUGGAGGCUGAGGAAUUUGGCUUAGACACAGGCAAUACAAUAUAAAUCAGUUAACAGUGUGUUAUUUAGAAAAGGAUAACAAUUUCGAAGGAAAAAAAGAUUACAAAAAAUACAGAUUUCAGUAUUCUGAGGCUCUGAGCCCCAUUUCUUUUCCACACGGACGGCAAAAAAAGUCCGACAUUAUACGAUUUAAAAUAAAAUCAAUAAUCGUGGCUUGAUAUUGAGUAAUAACAUGUUUUUAUGGACCACACAACUUCCGGUCUUCUCAGACCUGACCGUAUCCAUUUGCGUCUCAUAUGCACGCAAAACUCGGACUCAGAACUCAAUGGGAAUAGUUGGCGUAUGAUAGGCACGCAAAAUCUGACUUUAGCGUAUCUAUUGCACGCAUUUUCCAAUGUGUAAAGUUGUGUCAUUUGUACGCAGACUGAAGAGAGUGGGUUGAUAUGACAGACAUCACUGCAAUCAAUUUACAUAUUUCUCAAGUGGUUUUUACAGUGUGUUUUUCAUAAUUUUAAGGUAUUUAAAUAAAGAAAUAUGAAGAAUAUACUUUGUCAGUCAAUGAAUCAUCUCUAAUUCAGCCGACUAUGGUAAUAUGGGUCUCCAUUAGUUCAUGUAACUUUUUCCAUGGAAAUUAAAUAGUCUCCCGGGUUAUGACGCGUAUGUUAGAGACACGCAUGUGCUUCACUGUCUCCUGAACACCUUGAAAAUAGUUUCCAGUGAGCUCCAUGGUUACAGAGAAAAUGUUCUGUUCACUGUGAUUAAUCAUUUUUAAAUAAAGGAUGCUUUUGUUAUGACACAAAA